AUGUAUAGUGAGCUGUGGCAGAUCCAUGGAACUAGCUGUGUGCCAUUUCAAUUUUUUUUAUUUUUUUUAUUUUUUAUAAAUCUUUAUAUUUUUAUAGAUGAAGCUAACUGCAUCACCAAACUAAGAGAGCUGGAUAAAUUGUCCCAGAGCUCUCAUAUUUCAUGGGCAGAAACUCAAUCUCAAGCACCCGAGGAACGAGGACUCCUGGCACGACAGAAACGAAACCUCCUUCUGUCCAGCGGAGUGCAACUCUGUUCCCAGGAGACUCUGCAGCAAGCCAUAGCCAGCCAUCUCAUAUAUUACCAGCUGAGAGUGUGCCAGGAGGUAAUAUGGGAAGCGUUCAAGAUUUUCUUGGACCGCAUACCUGUAGACGAGGAAUAUCAGCACUGGAUGAGCCAAUGUCAGACCGGGACAAUCAGUACAAGGGAGAUUGGCGUUACAAUGAGCCAAUCAGAGGAACAUCUGGCUCUGAUUCACAGCAGGAAACGAAUUAGCCGACUGUUUUGGUUGCAGGUCAGUAACGCUAUAGAGCGCAUUCCUGUGACGAUACAUCCGACAGUGGAGUAUAGAAUGAAUCUCACCGGGAUACUGAAAGGAGAGCGAUGGAGAGUGCAGCUCUCAAACCCAACCAGCAGCCAAUAUUACACACUCUCUCAGCAUUUUAGUGAGAAGGUUGCAGCUGCAUUGGAGAAGCUGGAUGAAUUCAAGAGCGUAUCUGUACUGGACUUCAGGCCUCAGUUGGAUACUUCUGGUGGAGAGGCAGUAUUGGUGAACUAUGUAGUGUCCCUUCAGACACUGGGACAGGAGAUCAGCAGUGAAACUCUGGACUUCAUCAACAUGCAGUUGAACAUGAUGGAGGGAAACUUCAGUGAUGCAGAAAAACCCACCGUUCUCCACACCAUCGCUGACCUGCAUGUCUACAUCACAGACGCCCUGCUUGAUACUAAGCUGAAGGAAGACGUGCAUCUAUACAGUGCUGUGGAAACUCAAUCUCUGCCCAGUGUGACUCCUACCGUGGCCUCCAACCAAGCUGCUGGUUCCACAGAUGCUGUUUCUGGUGAUGAGACUUAUCAACGAGACGACAUUCUUGAAAAUGACCCGUCCGAAGAUAGUGGAGAACACGCUGGAAAAAUGGAUGAAGACGCAUCUCUUUUAACCGACACACCUCUAGCGAGGGAUUACGAGUUCUCCAUCUUUACCACUAUAACUGAGUAUCUAGAAGAAUUUCUGGCACCACCUAGUCCCACACCAGCCACAGCAACAACAGAAUCAGCAGCAGCAAAAGACCAUACACUUACAGGGACAGACAAACGGCAAGAAAACUCUCUAGAGGAAGAAGAGCUUGUGACUCCUCCCCAAACAGCAAAAGAUGUAGAAGAUGCUGAAGUUCCUACACAAACAGAAGUGGAAAUGGCUAUGGAAGUGACCGAAGCCUCUAGAGAAAUACACAAGGCUGUUACUCUAGCAGGAAUAAAAGACGUUAACAGUUUCACAGUUAAAACGAAAGAAACGCCGAACGUUGAAAGAGAAGAUUUUGAUGUUUCCAUAGUAAUAAACGGAGACGAGUAUGGGCUUGCUAUGGAAACAAUUACUCCAGCUAUUGAGAUUCAUGAAGAGGAGAUCCCCACAGAAGCUCAUUCUGUUCACCCCAUACAUCUCUCUCCAGAUAAAGAGUUUGUUCCCACCAUGCCCUCUGAAGUCACUGUUCCUGAGAGAGAGUCUGUUCAUCUACCAACUGGAACAGCAGAAGGGAGUGAAAUCAGUAUCGCCAUGCCGACUAGCGCUUGGCGUGCUCUGAUAGUGUUCUUCAGUCUUCGGGUGAACAAUAUGAUAUUUUCAGAAGAUUUGUUUAAUAAAAGUUCCCCAGAGUACAAAGCCCUGGAGCAGAGGUUCCUUGAGUUGCUGGUUCCAUACUUGCAGUCGAACCUCAGUGACUUUCAGAAUCUGGAGAUACUAAACUUCAGGAACGGCAGCAUUGUGGUGAACAGCCGCAUGAAGUUUUGGAAGCCAGUCUCUCGAGGAGUCACCACAGCUGUCUACCUGAUCCUCGAGGACUUCUGUAACACAGCAUACCAGACCAUGAAUCUGGCCAUAGACAAAUACUCAAUCAAUGUGGAAUCAGGCGAUCAGGCAGACCCGUGUAAAUUCCAGGCAUGUAAUGAGUUUGCAGCGUGUACAGUGAGCCGCUGGUCCAGUGAAGCAGAGUGUGUGUGUAACCCGGGGUACUUCAGUGUUGAUGGCUUGCCCUGCCAGAACAUCUGUGAAAUCCAGCCAGGUUUUUGCCUUAAUGAUGGCAAGUGUGACAUCGUUCCGGGUCGAGGAGCCAUCUGCAGGUGUCGAGUAGGGCAUAACUGGUGGUACAGAGGAGAGCACUGUGAAGAGUAUGUGUCAGAGCCGUUGGUGGUGGGGAUCGCCAUAGCGUCGGUGGCUGGCUUCCUGCUGGUGGCUUCAGGAGUCAUCUUUUUCCUAGCUCGGGCUCUGAGAAACCAGUAUGAAGAGGAGGACAUUGUGAGGAGACGAGACAGUAUUGCUUCCCUGGAAUGGGCUACAAAGUACAAUCCCAUGUAUGAGAGUGAUGUGACGACGGGCUACAAUCAUUACUACCAGCGGUAUCCCGAACCUCCGAUCCAUAGCAGCGCCAGUGCCGAGGUCUCCACAGACUUCAGCACUGAGGAGAUCCAGCACAUCUACGAGAACAUUGAACUCACCAAAGAGGAGAUUCAGGACCGGAUUCGCAUUAUUGAUCUUUAUGCUAAAGAUCGUCAGUGUGUGAACAUUGUGAGACAGGAUCAAGCGUGAGUGUGGCUGUGUAACUGUGUUAUUCAUUUCCUUUCUGUACAAGGUAUGUUCACUUUUCUACGUGUGUGUGUGUGUGUGUGUGUGUGUGUCAUACUGUACAGAAAGUGUGGUAGAUACUCAGAGUGAGAUUUCAUCAACAUGAAAAGGACACACCUUGUAGCCUGCUACACACAAGAAGCUAUUCCUGUUAACCAAUCAGUAAAAUGUCUUCACAUUAGUUUAACACCUUUUCAUUUGCAAUUUAAGACAUUAACCUGUUUACGGUAUUUUGUUAACUCGUCUGUUUAUUGCCAUUACAGGAACAUGUGAAGAAUGCUUGAUGAGCAUUUAGGCGUAUAGUCUUUUCUCUUACCUAUAUCACACGGAUCUGAAUGUGUAUCAUAUGAGAUGCUUGUUUCCCAGUUAGUGCCUUAUUGAAUGUGCUUUAAUGGGGGUUGAUUACUCAGCCAAUCAUAAGCUAGAGUUCAGAAAUAUGGCCCUGUCCCAAUCAGAAUCCAUUCACUUUCUUUUUCACCUUAUUUUGAUGUGUUUAGUCUUAAACUAUGGUUAAAAUACAUUUGUCAUAUGUCGAUUUGAUUAGAUUAGAUUAGUCUCAUCGAAUCGUCAUAGAUCGAUUCGAUUAGAUAUCGUCAUAUGU